AUGCCUCCAAGAAAUCAACCGCAGGCCCUUUUGCCGCAGCAAGCCGAAGCGCACGUCAGAUCCACAACGAUCUUUCCAGCAGGACUCCUGGUCGGUACAUGUGCCUUUGGGGUAUACCUGGCGACGGUUGCUCCCGGAAUACCUGGCGGCGAUGCCGGCGAGCUGGUGGCCGAGUCCUGCCACCUCGGCACAGCUCAUCCCCCAGGAGGAGCGCUCGUGAGCGGGCUCGCCCUCAGCAACCAGCACACUGCGGUGUUGUAUGUAGCCCCGCUGGCUGCCUGGGUCAUGCUCCAGCUCGUCACCUCGCGCUGCCGCCAAUACCACACCACGCAUCAACAACGACAGCAACAGGGGCACCCGCAACAGAAGCGGCAGCUGCACCCUUGGCGCCGCCUCUCCUUAGAGACUACGUUACUUGCUGCCGUGUUUCUGCUCGGCCUUGCACCGUACGCUUUUCUGCCCUUGGCCGCGAAGCGCGCACCCAAGCGCGGAUCGUGGGGCAACGUUACCACGUGGAGUGGCUUUCUGCAUCAUAUUCGUCGUGGCGAUUACGGAUCUCUGCGGCUUUACUCUGGCAAGGCCGGGGGCAGUAGCGGCAAGGGCCUUGGCCGAGACUGCGCAGAGCGCCUUUUGAGUUGGUUUGACGACCUGUCGUCAGUGCAGGGACUCGGCGGGGUGGUUCCGGCUCUGGCCGUGCUCGGGGUGCUGUCUCUCUUAGUGUUCAUACCGUCGAGAGAAAGAGGACGCGAAGGAGAGGGGGAAAUGCGUAUUGACAUUGUAGCAGGGACGACGUCUUCGAAGGGUCUCAUGGUGGAGUUUUUCUCUGGAGCUCUAGUGGCACCGUCGUCCGGUAGCCGCACGGUCUGCAGUGAGCUGGCGUCGUCACUAUCGUCCAGGACAAAGAAGGGCAUCCGUCGUCGCUCGAAGAAGACUAGUUGCGCGGCGUCACCACGUCCCGCAUCGACAGCGGGUACGAGAUCUAAAGACGAGACAGAGCGAGGGAGUUCAACAGGGUCAACCUGGAAUUCGACGGGCAGCAAGGAGAAGCAGCAGCAGAAUACGGCCAAACACAAUGACUCACCAGUGUCGAGGAAGGUGACAUCGUGUUCUACCGUAGUUGGGGUCCUGGCAUCGUGGGACGACACGGGAUUCAGCGCCCCGGCAGCACUGUUGGCGGCCCUAGUCUUGUACUUGGUCGUGUUCCACUGGUUGUCGAAUAUGCCACUCGAUGACCCACUCCUGUUCGGAGUCCACGCUCGCUUCUGGAUGCAGCCCAACAUCGUGGUGUUCGUUUUCUGCGGAGUCGGCAUGUACCAGACGUUCGAUCUCGUCAGACGGUGGUUGGGCCAAGGAAUCGGAACUAUGUUGGCGACCAUGGCGUGCAUCGGGCUUGUUCGUGAACAGCUAGCCAGGGGCUACGCGGCGGGGGACCAGAGGGGCGCCACCCACUUCAGCAGCUACGCGAGGGCGGUGCUCGGCCCACUGCCGCCGAGGUCGAUAUUUCUCAUCAACAACGACCAGAUGUGGACAUCCACGAGGUACAUGCAGGUUUGCGAGGGGUUCCGACAAGACGUCAGUCUCUUAAACAUGGCUAUGAUGACCUUCCUGUGGUGGGACGUGAAGAGGGACCUAUAUCCUCAGAUAAUUUUUCCCGGCGAAAGAUACGCGGCCGCCGGUUCCACCCAUGACAAAGCUAGUGGCGGCGGCGGUUUCACCUUGCUCGAGUUUCUCGACGCAAAUUUCGACCGCGCCUCGGGCAAUAUUUUCAUGGUAGGGAGGCCCAACUUUCCCGAGCCAUCCAUGGACACCGCAUACGACUUCGUUCCCGUGGGGCUGGCGAGGAGGGUGGUACGCCGCCACAACUCGGCGCCGCUUCCGACGGCACUGUGGGUUUGCCACUCCUCCAAGGCCUGGGCGACAGUGGCGGCAGAAUUUCGGGUGGUCGCAACCGUCGGAGACACUUACGGUAGCAACAGCAACGGGGUCUGGGGCUUGAUUGCUACGCUGGUAGACCGCCGCCGCUUUGGAGGCAGCCGCCGUGCCACAGCUGCCAGCACUACCGAAAACAACGAUGGUAGCGAGGACGGGAGCCUGUCGCUGCCCCCGCGGGACAAAUACGGGCCGGAGUGGUGGGAGAGCACCCUGAGAAUCAUUGUGUACGACGCGGCCGCGGAGACGGCCGCGUACGGCCUGGAGCGAGCUCUGGCGGUGCCAGAUGAGGAGCGGGGCCCGUUCGAGCGGGAUAUGAUGGUCACAGCCGUUCUGUACCUAGAAGCGGUGCUGCGGAGCUACAACGGAAUGUGGGCCUCCGCAGGCCUCGGUUUUAAAGAACGCGGGUCUCGCAUACCUUAA